GUAAAAAAUUGACUUGAUUGAAAACAUAGAAGUCGUUUUUAGUUAACCGCCAUCGACGAUCGCGAGCGUCCACCUGUCAUACGGAUGUCGUCUUAUGCAGUUUUUCGUUAUAAAUAAACGAUUAAUUAAUAAACGCGUAAAUAUGAAUGAUGAUCAUGAAUAAACUAUGAAUAAAAUGAAGACAGCAAGUUAUUCAGUAUUAUUUUAUAUCUUUUGUAUUUUAAUAACUAAAUGUAAAGUUACCUGUCAAGAAAACCUAAAUUCUAAAAAAAUCGAAAUACGUACAGCGGCUUCUCGAUCAAUAUCCCCUAAAUCAACCCAGCAACAAAUAAAUACUAAUUCUAUUACAAAUGACUUACCAAUAAAACCAAUAAAUCAACUUGACACAAUAACUGAAUUAUACAACUCAACAUCAUGUAUUGAACCGCCAUUUUCUUGUCCUCAUCCCAGAAUACAAUUUUUUUUGUACACUAGACUGACACAAAAUAAACCCGACCUAUUAGAUGUAACUAAACAGGAAUCUUUGUAUUCAUCUCAUUUUAAUCCUAAAUAUCCAGUGAAGAUUAUAAUUCAUGGUUAUCACGGUGGCAGAAAUUUGUCCCCAAGUACUGAUCUUCGAAAUGCAUAUUUCACUAGAGGCAAAUACAAUAUCAUAAUCGUUGAUUAUUCGAAAUUGACUCAAACUCCAUGUUUAAGUCAAUUAGAAUGGGCUCCACGAUUCUGUGCUAUGUGUAUUGCCCAAUUGGUAAACUAUUUGGCAUCUCAUCCUCGUGGAGUUCAGCCGGACAAAUUGCACUUCAUGGGAUAUAGUGCCGGUGCUCACAUCGCAGGCUUAACAUCAAACUUUGUCGACAAUGGAAAAAUCGGCCGUAUCACCGGUUUGGAUCCAACUAUUAUAUUUUACAUGGGAAAUAAUCGUUCCAGAGAUCUUGAUCAUACUGAUGCACAUUUUGUUGACAUUAUACACACUGCAGCUGGUUUUUUUGGGCAAUGGGGUCCCAAUGGUCAUGCUGAUUUUUAUGUAAAUGGAGGAACGUCUCAACCGGGUUGUGUUAGUAAUAGUUUAAUUCGAACUCUAUCCUGUGAUCAUACUAAAGUUUCGCCUUACUUCAUUGAAUCAAUCAAUAGUGAUAUCGGUUUUUGGGCAAAACCUUGUAGUAAUCGAUUUUUAUUUAAUCUUGGCCUAUGUGACUCGCCAGAAUCGGAAUACGUUUUAAUGGGUGAACAUAUAACACAUAAGGCACGAGGUACUUUUUAUUUAACUACAAACGCUAAGAAACCGUUUGCAAAAGGUUUUCCAAAAGAAAGAUCAUCCCGAGCUUCUAAUAACAUUUUUGGAUAGUUCGUAAUACAGUAAACCUAUCAAUAAUAUUUAUUAUGAUGUCGUUCUAUUUGGCAAAACAACUCUAUUAUUGUAACAAUCGAAAAAACAUUGUACAGUUUGAAAUAGAUCAAACUAACUUUUAUAACUAUUGAUACAAUUAAUCGAUGUAUAAACAUAUUGAAUUUUUUAAAAUUUAAAAAUAGGCUUUUAUUUAGAGAUUUUCUUACAAAAAAUGUUAUACUACUUUAAAAUUAAAACAAUUUUUGAGUAAAAUUAAAAAAGUAAAAUCAAGGAAUAAAACAAUCGUAAUAAUAUUGUUUUCUGAAGACAAGUUGGUAAUUCAUUAAUUACAUUUAUUUAUUAAAUAUCAUAAUUCAUCAAAAAUUUUUUUAAGUUAUGUAAAAUUUUUAAGUUUAUCCCUUAUGCCUUAUAAGGCUGUCAACUUUGUUUUUUUAAAUGGGACACGUAUUUUUAAUUUAAUAAAAUGUUUGAGUUUUUAAUUUAUAAGUAAAUGGCAUUUGAAUUUUUAAUAUAACUUUUUUAUUUAACUCUUUUAUUAGAUAUAAACAUUUAAAGUUUCAAAUUUUUGAGUUCAUAUACAUGUAUAAUACACAAGGGAUUACAAAUACAGAUAGCUAAUUGAUUUUUUAUGACAUUGCUCUCAUAAUCUAGGAUUUUUUAUUAUUAAUUAUGAUUAUCAAUAGAUAUCCUUUCUAUAUUGUUAGUUAGUGUAUUUAUAUACUUAAAAUACGUGUUCCCAUUUAAAAAAACAAAGUUGACAUACUUAUAAGGCAUAAGGGAUAAACUUAAAAAGUAUUACAUAGUUAUAAUAAUUACACAAUAAUUCAAGAAUAAUGUGUAACUAAAUAUAAUAAAAAAAAAUUGUUUAAAUUAUUAUUAUUAUGUAAGUAAUUGAGUGAGUCAUGAUAAAAAAAUCACCCUGUAUACUAAAAUGUAGGAAGUAUUUUUCUUUAUAUUUUUGAAGGAACUGGUAUUACAUGUACUUAAUUUUCUUUGACAUAAUUAAUAUUAUAACCCUUAUCAAGUGAACUUUCACUGAUGAAUUUUUUUAUUUUAUAGUUUUUAUGUUGAAAGUAAUGUAUAAGAAAAUACAAUGUAUUUUUCAGAUCAAAAAUUUAUUUCAUGAUUUUUUGUAAAUGUAAUUAUAAAAAACUUUGGUAUAAAAAAAAUUAGACGUAUAAAGAACGGUUGGGUUAAUAUAUUUCUGAAAAACGGAAAUGGCUAUCAUAUAUUACGUUCAUUUCUUUAUUAUAAUAUCUACCACUGUAAAAUACAUUGCUCAUCUAUUUUGAGCUGCAUAUUCAUUACUUUUAAAAUCAUUUGUUGAGUAUUUAAAUUAUUAAUCAAUUUACUAAUAAUUUAAUUCUAUCUUUUUUAUCUUAAUUUCUAGAAAUAUUUAGAUAUGAUAAGAGUAUGUGAGUGUAUUAAAAGUAUACUCAUAAUUAAUACAAUUUUAUCAGAAAAGAGUAAAUUAAAUAGUUUACCAAAAAAAAAAUAAAAUAGCAAUUGAUUUAAUAACCCUUUGGAUCUUGAGGUCUCUUUUAUUUUUUAAACUUUUUAACAAAUUUUUUUUAUAACAGGUUCAAAUUGAAAAAAAUAAUGAAUAUAUUUAUAUUUAGUGACCCAUCUUGUAUAAAUUUGUAGGGAAUUUUUAUAACUUUAUGAAAAUAAUUUUGGAUUUCGAAAAAUAUUUCAUAAAAAGUAAUGACGCAAAGUUGAACUGAAAUGCAUAAUUUACUUUUAGCAACCCAGUUGCAUCAUCAACAGUUUAACUGAUUUAGCAAAAUAAAAUAAAACAAGACUAAGCCUGUGUGCAUAACAAUAUAUGUAUGAACAAUAUUA